AUAACAAUAGAGAUUUCAAAAUAAAGUCCGGUGGUCACUUUUGAGGAAAAAUGAAAGCGAAAGCAGUUAUUAUUGUGCUUAAUGUAACACUUUUAUUGGUGCUAAGUGUUUAUGCAUCUCCAGUGGUUCCAUCAAGCGAGCCAACAAUGUCAAAUUUCAUCAAAAAGAAAAUUAGAACAAUUGAUAAUAUGACUUCAGAUGAUGAGAAAAAUUCUUCGGACCUGAACACUGCGGAAGCUGCAAUUUUCAGGCCACUAUUCGUGUAUAGGAAAUAUUCUGCCCAACGACGAAGGAUAUCGCGGCCUUAUCCAUAUUACAUGGGGUGAUAUCUAUAAGAAUUAUGCUUCUAUGUAUACUUUCAGCCAGUUAUUUUCCCUAUUUAUUUAAUUGAUUUAUGUAAUUUAAUCCAAAAAAAAAUUGCAACUUCUUUGGACUGUAGCGCUGAGGAUCCAAGUACCGAGUUCGUUGACUUCCGAACCAUGACAUUUAGUUAACCACAGCCCAAACAAGCUGCAAUAUCUAUAUAAUUUUUUGAUUACAUAUAGUUUUAAUAAUUUAUUCCUUGUUUUUAAGAAAAAUAUUUGCACAAUUUGUCAUGCAAAUUAAAUUAAGUAACAUUUCAUCAACAUCCGACGCGACGUGCUAAUUGUUUAAUAAAUCAAACUUUCAUUGUUUUCAAUUUUUUCCCCAAUCGAGGUGUUAAUCUGAAAUUUACAUAUAGGAUAAAUAUGUAGGUACUUUGCGAGAUUUCAACGCACACAUUUCCUCUUUUGGCAGUUGUGAGAAAAAUAAAAGUUCUUUUAAGUAUAGAUGUGUUAGACGCUAGUUAAUAUAGAUAUACCUACAACUAAUAAAAUGUUUGAGGUAAUGACCAACGUGAAUACAGGGACACAACGGUCCCUGUUUGGGAAUCGACCCACUGAGCAAUGGACCCAGACUUCCCGUGCCAAUCCUUGACGCGUUUCGUCCUUGUUAGGACUCAUCAGAAGGACAUAGGCUGAAGCUCCCUGUCCAAGCAAAAUUGAACUUCGUUAAAAAAAAAUUAAUCUUUCUAACAAUUGAUUUUAUACUUUGAAAUACGCCAAUACUUGAUUUUUGACUUCACUGUGAAAAUAUAUACUAAUUUAAUUUGAAACUUA